AUGAGCGAUUUAGAUCGAGAAAGAGAGCUUAGACGACGCCAGUAUCUGGCUGAUCGUGAGAAACGUCAACUUGAGUUGGCAGAACGAGUAUUAAAGAGUAAAGAGCUACUAUAUGCUUCGAUUGGAAAAGAAGUGAAUGAAAAAAAGAGGAAAGAAUUGAGGGCAGAACAGAAGAUAUUAGCCGAGGCUGGCCGGAUGGUCGAAGAGAGGGAUAUCGACGGGUCAUUAAUUGAAACAUAUGUUAUGCCGGAUAGUUACGACGAAGAUUUGCAUAAGAGACUAAGCUCUGUAAUAAUUAAACCUCAAGAUAGGUUAGAUAAACGUAGAAAGCUUAAUAGGUCGGACCACGAUCUAUGGGAGUCAAACCAAGCACGUUCUGGAGAUAUUUCUUUAGCUAAUAAAGUUCUAAGUGAAAAAAUAAUAGACCAUGAAAAAAAUAUCAACUCACUAAUUCUCUCAGAUGGCUCUUUGAUCGAUUUUGAAUUAUUGGAAACAACUGCCACUGAAAUUAACUCCGAAGAUUCAUUAAAAAACAUGAUUAUAGAAAGCCAGGAUAUUGAAUUGAUUAAUGAUGUUAGAAACUCUUUACCUGUUAUGAAAUAUAAAGAACAAAUAAUUAAAUCACUAGAAGAGCAUCCAGUAUUGAUAGUUGUAGGAGAAACUGGUUCUGGAAAAACAACUCAAAUACCCCAAUACUUGUUCGAAGCAGGGUAUUCCAAAAAUGGAAUAAUUGCAUGCACACAGCCAAGAAGAGUAGCAGCAAUGAGCGUGGCUGCAAGGGUAGCUAAAGAAAUGGGGUCUAAGCUUGGAAGUAUGGUUGGAUAUUCAAUAAGAUUUGAAGACUGCACAAGCGAAGAAACUGUAGUUAAAUAUAUGACAGAUGGGAUUUUACUGAGAGAGUUUCUCUCAGAACCAGAUUUAAAAAAUUACUCAUGCAUAUUAAUUGAUGAAGCACAUGAAAGAAGCCUUCACACAGAUAUUUUGUUUGGAUUAGUAAAGGACGUUUCUAGAUUCAGGAAUUCAGAAAUGUAUCUAAAUAACAAUGAUGACGAAAAAAGUGACAAAAUAAAAAACUAUGGUGAAAAUAAUAAAAACCCUUUUAAAUUAAUCAUAUCAUCCGCAACAUUGGAGGCGAACAAAUUUAGCGAGUACUUUGAUAAUGCCCCCAUAAUAUACAUACCAGGAAGACGUUUUCCAGUGAAUAUAUAUUAUACUAAAUCUCCUGAAGCCAAUUUUAUAGAUGGGACCGUUGUCACAGUUCUGCAAAUUCACUUUUCCCAAAUUAAAAGAUCUGAUGAAAAUAAGAACUCAAAAAAGAUAAUUCCUAUUGGAGGUGAUAUUCUUUGUUUUUUACCCGGGCAACAAGAAAUUGAAGAAACACAAGCAUUGCUCGAAACUAGACUAGUGAAUAAAGACCCGAAUACUCCUGAGCUAAUUAUUCUUCCAAUAUACUCCUCACUACCAUCCGAACAACAAGCAAAGAUUUUUCAAACAACACCUUACGGGUUCAGAAAGGUUGUACUUGCUACUAAUAUUGCAGAAACAGCAUUAACAGUAGAUAACAUAGGGUUUGUAGUUGAUUGUGGGUUCUGUAAGCAAAAUUCAUAUAACCCAAAGACAGGUCUAGAAAGUUUAAUUACUGUUCCUUGUAGCCAGGCUGCUGCAAACCAGAGAUCAGGAAGAGCAGGAAGAGUUCGCCCAGGAAAAUGCUUCAGACUUUAUACUAAAUUCAGUUUUAUGACGGAAAUGGAAGUAUCAAAUGUUCCUGAAAUUCAACGAUGUAAUUUAGGUAGUGCAGUUUUGCUAAUUAAAUCGCUCGGCAUUGACGAUCUAUUAAAUUUUGAUUUCAUGGAUCCUCCACCUCCUGAGACAUUAAUUCGGGCAUUAGAACUUUUAUAUUCAUUGGGUGCGCUUGACGAUAGGGGAGAACUAACGAAGGUCGGAAAAACCAUGGCUGAAUUACCUCUUGACCCUAUGCAUAGCAAGAUGGUCUUAGCAUCUCAAAAGUACAGCGUUGUUAACGAAGCAACUACAAUAGUAUCUAUGCUUUCCGUUGGAAAUACAAUUUUUAUUCGACCAAAAGACAAAGUUAAACAGGCGGACGGUAUUAGAAAAGCCUUUACCGUACAUGGGGGAGAUCUUUUAACACUGCUCAAUGUAUACAAUCAAUGGCAAAGCAAUGAUUUUUCCGGAUAUUGGUGUUACGAUAAUUUCCUCCAAGUAAAAAGCCUCAAAAAGGCUCGUGAUAUCAAGACUCAGAUAGAUUCUCUUUUAAGCGAAAAAUUAGAUAUUCAAAUUUCAAGCAACCCUAAUGAACUAGAAUCAAUUAGGAAAGCGAUUACAGCUGGAUUCUUCUCACAAUCAGCACGUAUUAAUAAAGGCGGGAACUACACUACAAUAAAAUGGCGCCAUGUAGUUGACAUUCAUCCUUCUUCAACAUUGUUUAACUCAAAGCCUGUUGCCGUUACUUACACUGAACUCGUGCUUACCACAAAGGAGUAUAUGAGAAAUCUUACUGAAAUAAAGAUGGAGUGGCUGCUUGAGGUUGCUCCUCAUUAUUAUCAUACCGAUGAUUUGAAUUCAAAAGUGUAUUUAUUAUUUCCCUCGAGGUUAAACUGCGUAGUUAUUAUAUUUGCCUCCAAUAUGCCACACGAGACAGCUCUAGUUUAUCGUCCUAUGAGACUAUCUGACAUUUUCAGAGUUAACAGGGUGAAUUUGGAUAGUUUUACAGAAACAUAUAACAUAAAUUAUUAUGGGGAUUAUCUAUCAACUUGGCCAGAGCUUUGCUUUGUAUGUGAAGCGCCUGACCAGUCAAUAGUAGGUUAUCUUGUUUCCAAAGUUGAAGGAGAGGGCGACCAGUGGCACGGCCAUGUGACUGCCCUUUCAGUUUCACAACAAUACAGAAACUCAGGUGUUGCAACAAAGCUUAUGAAGUUCUUGGAAGACAUCUCCACGCGGUUGAAUUGCCAUUUUAUUGACUUGUUUGUAAGACCUUCUAAUGAAAAGGCAGUCAAGUUUUACACAAAACUUGGGUAUUAUGUACAUCAAACAAUUCCCUCGUAUUAUACUGAUGAGGAUGGGUAUGAUAUGAGAAAGCUUAUUUGUAUUAAUAAUACAACAAAUGAUGAUACAUAUUGGGGUUAUGAUGAUUUAUUUGAGAAGUCAGAAAUUCCACCUCCUGAAAGAAAUGCAAACAAAUCGAAGUUGUGUGCAGUUAGUUAUUUAGAUCCAGCAAAGAACUCUAAAAUUGUAGCAAAAUCCUCAGUUUUGUUUCAAAAAAUCCAAGCAAACGAAAAAAGAAUAAAUAGUAUUUUAGAAAGCAUAGGAACAGAUAUAAAGCAUUUCCAUAUGCUUGCAAAGCAGAGACAGUUCACAAAUAAGCCUCAAGGUAGGAAACAAUUAUUUUAUACACCUGAAAAACAGUAUACCACGCCUGAUUUGUGGCUCACAAAAUCAAAUAGUAUUUAUAAUUCGUAUUCUUCAAGUGCUAAGGAGAUUGUUGAGAAUACUUUGGAUUAUUAUCCUAAUGUAGGCCGUGAAUGGUAUAUUAAGCGAUGGAAUGAUAUAAAGUCGAUAAAGUUCCAAAAGGGAAAUUAA